GGCGGGCGCGGGGGGCGAGAGACGGAGCCGCGACCCCGCUGCCGCCCAGCGACCCCCGGCCCCGCCGGCCCCAGCCCCGUCGCGCCCCGGCCGGACAUGGCUCUGCGGCGGCUUCUCCUCAUCGCUGCCGCGCUGGCGGCGGCCACCGCGCCCGCCGCCGCCUUCUACCUGCCGGGCCUGGCGCCCGUCAACUUCUGCGAGGCCGGCAAGGAGAAGCCCGAGUGCAAGUCUGGAAUCGAGCUGUUUGUGAACAGGCUUGACUCAGUAGAGUCUGUCCUCCCCUACGAAUACACUGCGUUUGAUUUUUGUCAAGCAGAAGGAAAGAAGCGUCCAUCUGAAAACCUUGGCCAAGUCUUGUUUGGAGAGAGGAUAGAACCGUCUCCUUACAGGUUCACAUUCAACAAGAAGGAGACAUGUAAAUCUGUUUGUACAAAAACAUAUGAUACCACAAAGCCAGAAGACAAACAGAAAUUAGACUUUUUGAAAAAGAGUAUGCUACUAAAUUAUCAACAUCACUGGAUUGUGGACAACAUGCCUGUGACGUGGUGUUACGAUGUAGAAGAUGGCCAGAGGUUCUGUAAUCCUGGUUUUCCUAUUGGCUGUUAUAUUACAGAAGAUGGCCGUCCAAAAGAUGCUUGUGUUAUUAAUUCAGAAUUUCAUGAAAAAGAUACCUUUUAUAUUUUCAACCAUGUUGACAUAAAAAUUUAUUACCAUGUUGUGGAAAAUGAAGCUCUGGGAGCAAGACUAGUUGCUGCUAAACUUGAACCAAAAAGUUACAAGCAUACUCAUCCAGACAACCCCGAUUGCUCAGGAGUACCUAUGGAUAUAAGUAAUAAGGCCAGUGGAGAAGUCAAAAUUGCAUACACAUACUCAGUUACUUUUCAUGAAGAAAAAAAUAUCAGGUGGGCAUCAAGAUGGGAUUAUAUUUUGGAAUCCAUGCCUCACACUCACAUCCAGUGGUUUAGUAUUAUGAAUUCCCUGGUGAUUGUCCUCUUUCUGUCUGGAAUGGUAGCUAUGAUUAUGUUGAGGACACUCCAUAAAGAUAUUGCAAGAUACAAUCAAAUGGAUUCCACGGAAGAUGCUCAAGAAGAAUUCGGCUGGAAACUGGUUCAUGGUGAUAUUUUCAGGCCCCCAAGAAAAGGAAUGCUGUUGUCAGUUUUUCUAGGCUCUGGCACACAAAUCUUAAUAAUGACUUUUGUUACCCUGUUUUUUGCUUGCCUGGGAUUUUUGUCACCUGCUAACAGGGGAGCUCUGAUGACCUGUGCUGUAGUUUUGUGGGUACUACUUGGAACUCCAGCUGGUUAUGUUGCUGCCAGAUUCUACAAAUCAUUUGGAGGUGAGAAAUGGAAAACAAAUGUCCUGCUGACAUCAUUCCUUUGUCCUGGAAUUGUAUUUGCAGAUUUUUUUAUCAUGAACCUCAUUCUCUGGGGAGAAGGCUCUUCAGCAGCUAUUCCGUUCGGUACCUUGGUUGCUAUUUUGGCACUCUGGUUUUGCAUAUCUGUACCACUGACGUUUAUUGGUGCCUAUUUUGGGUUUAAGAAAAAUGCUAUUGAACACCCUGUUCGCACAAAUCAAAUUCCGCGUCAGAUUCCUGAGCAAUCAUUCUAUACAAAGCCAUUACCUGGCAUUAUCAUGGGAGGGAUUCUUCCUUUUGGGUGUAUCUUUAUACAGUUGUUCUUCAUUCUCAAUAGUAUUUGGUCUCACCAGAUGUAUUACAUGUUUGGCUUCCUGUUUCUGGUAUUCAUUAUUUUGGUUAUUACAUGUUCUGAGGCUACAAUAUUGCUCUGCUACUUCCAUCUAUGUGCAGAGGACUAUCACUGGCAGUGGCGUUCAUUUCUCACUAGUGGCUUCACUGCAGUUUAUUUCCUAAUAUAUGCAAUACAUUAUUUCUUUUCUAAACUGCAAAUCACAGGAACAGCUAGCACCAUUUUAUAUUUUGGUUAUACCAUGAUUAUGGUUUUGAUCUUCUUCCUUUUCACAGGGACAAUUGGAUUCUUUGCAUGCUUUUGGUUUGUAACCAAAAUAUACAGCGUAGUGAAAGUUGACUGAAGAAACCAAUGUAAAGAGUUAACACAGAAGAGGUUUAAUCUUCAUUAACAUAACUUAAAAACCUGGUCUCCGUGAUGAACUUGAGCUUUAUCAGAAGUAUUGGCUUCCUGUUCUUUGAGAAUGAUACCGAAAUGCACCUACUUUUCCACUAACACGUUUGUAUUGUGACUUAACAACCUGUUUUCAUUCAAACCUUAAUGAAGAUCAGAGUUACGAUAUUUAUGCAUUUGUAAAUACAACUAUACUUUAAAAGAAAUGUUAAAUUCUAAUGGCAGAAUAGAAGUGGAUGUAUUACACAACUUAAUGAUACUUCUGAUCAAAGUACAACUGUAAAUAGGUUUUUCUAGCUUGGUAGGUGGGAUGAUUUAUUUUUCUUUGAGGGAAAUGAGAACUUUUUAUUAUGCUAACUUUGAAGGAUAACUCUUAAGAAACGUUGCUUUUAGUCUGGAUGUGAUUUUUAUUUUUUACUGGUGUUACGUCCAUAAAUAUUCUGAUUUCUGUGACUUAAUUAGUUUUGGUGUUCUUGGCCUUUUAAACUAUGUGCCUCUGAGUCCUUGAAUUUAUAAAUUCAUAAAUUCAUUAUCCAAUAAACAUUGUAAAAAUGUCUUCAUUGACUUAUUACAUAUUAGAAGUUCGUAAAAAUAUGUAAAUACAAUUAUAAUGAAGACAGAUGCUUAAAGAUUGCAUAGAGCAUUUUAUGGCAUUUUCUAUGGUUUAAUGUAUAUUGGCACACAUUUAGAUCUGCAAGAAUUAUUAUUUGUGCUAAAUGGCUAUAACAUGGAUAUGUGAUUGUGGUGCAUGGGAACUAAAUUAUACACACAUUCAACAAAACCUCUUUGCAGCAUUAAUCCAGUCCUUAACCCAGAGAUUGCCAUGGAGUUGUCACUAUGUUGAGAAGAUCUUACAAUGCAUGAAUCAGCAUUCUCUGCUGAUCGUGCUUUUAGAUCUCAAUGAUGCAUAUUCUAUAGAGCAACUAUUGCUGACUGUACUUAAUGUAGGUUAAAAAAUAAAAGAAAAUUACUAUUUUUGCCUUAUAUUAAAAGACUAAUGUCAAUUUUGGAUGACUGGCAUUAAACCUAUAUUUGCCUUUUUUUGGAAACUGAGUAUUUUGUUUAAACCUUGUUUGGUAGUUUUAGAUUCGUAACACAAUUUGGCUGGUAAAAUUUUAUUUAAAAUUAUACUUCAUGUACCAAUUGUCAUUCAUAAGGUUGGAGGGUUUUAUUCCUAUCAGUUUACUUUUCUACAGGACCUUAACCUCUGAUGAUGCUUCAAUACUGGACCCAAUAAAAAUAUCCUUGGUUAA